GGUCAAGACAGUGCGUCGAAACGCGAAGAAGUCGGUGGGCUAGUUUUUGAACGCCGAUCGUGAGAUGAAGACAACAACGGUUUUCGUCGCUGUGUGUUUGAUUUUGAUUGAUCAGGGUGCUCGCUCCAGAUUCCUGCUUCCUCAUGUGCCUGACAGGGUGUUCCCGCCCGUACCUGAAUAUGUUAGCAACUCAACUUUGGACGAGGAAGGAGACGAAUACGACCCAGAGGUGUCCCCAGGACUCUUUCAAGGAGACAUGGCGCUAACCACCGAAUUCUAUAAUUUCUGGAGAGUAGGGAUUCGGUUCGAUGUCUUCCCAGAGAAACUGUGGAAAGGUGGAAUCGUUCCAUACGUUAUCAGUCCGUUAUAUGAGCCAUCAGAAACAGUGACCAUACUAAAAGCAAUUAGAACUCUGAGCUUCAUGACUUGUGUACGCUUCAUUCCAUGGGAUGGAAAACGAAAGGAUUACUUGCUAAUAUGGCCGAUCAAGUACCCUAAAGGAUGUUGGUCGUUUGUGGGAAGAUUUGGAGGUGCACAGAUAGUGAGUCUCCAACCUCCAGAUAAAAGAGGUCCAAAUUGUCUUGGAACUGAAGGAAGAGCUUUGCACGAACUAAUGCAUGCUCUUGGUGUCUUCCACGAGCAGUCCAGGUGGGAUAGAGAUAAAUUUGUCAAGAUCCAUUACGAAAACGUCAUCCCACAAUAUAAAUCUAACUUCGACAAAGAGAGCCUUGAAAACACCACAUACAGCUUUGAAUAUGACUACGACUCCAUAAUGCACUACGGAAGGCAUUUCUUCAGCAAGAAAAAAGGAAAGCCUACGAUAACGCCAAAACAACCAGGAGUUAAAAACAUUGGUCAAAGAGAUGCACUUUCCAAAGGAGACUGCCUGAAACUCAACGAUCUCUACGGAUGUCUCAAAAAUCCAAAAACGAGGAGAAAAUAUUAUAAUAUAUGUAACUUUUUGGGAGUCUGAAUUUGUUAUUUACUUAUGUUUGUUGUAUUAUAG